CGAUUUGCACCCAAUUUCCUAUUCUUGAUUUUUAUGAAACCAACGAAACAGCCCCUCAACUCCGCUUGUGAGAGAUUAAGAACCAAAAUUCGUCAUGAUCAGGUUGACAUCAAAACUCAAUUUUCAAUAAUGAAAAUGUGAGAGAUCUAGAAUCUAAGCACACAAAUUAGGGUUUCAGAAGUUCGAUCCAAUGAUCCCUUCAACCUCAUUGAACCAUCGCAUUCGGCCGAUCGUCUUCAUCCUCCUCCUCUCCCUCUCGCUCGUCGUCGCCGCCGCCGUCUUCUUCCCCUCGUCAGCGUUUUCUUCUCGAUUUCUUUCUCUCAAAUCCACCUUCAAGUCCUUUUUGCCGGAGAAGUCGGUUAUAUGGACGAAUCGUAGGGCUUUCGAGUGGCGGCCUUGCAGUUGGUGGACUGACGAAGCAUUAACUGCUUUACCAGCGAGAACCAAUGGUUAUAUUAGGGUUGAUUGCUAUGGCGGCCUCAAUCAAAUGAGACGCGAUUUAUGUGAUGGUAUUGGGAUUGCUCGCCUAUUGAAUGCAACAUUGGUUUUACCAAAAUUUGAGGUUGCGGCAUAUUGGAAUGAGUCCAGUGGCUUUGUGGAUGUGUUUGAUGUAGACUACUUUAUUCAACAAACAAAGGGUUUUAUUGAAAUCAUGAAAGAGUUGCCAGAAGAGAUUGCAUCAAGAGAACCGUUCAAGGUGGACUGCAGCAAGCGCAAAGGGCUUUUCGACUACGCCGAGGUUGUUCUUCCUUCGCUUUUAGAGCACCGCUAUAUCUCUAUUACUCCAGCAAUGAGCCAAAGAAGAGACAGGUACCCUUUAUAUGCCAAGGCUGCCCUCUGCCAAGCUUGCUACAAUGCCCUUCGUCUCAACAAAGCUCUGGAAUUUAAGGGCAACGAGCUCCUCAAUGCUAUCCCCAAACCCUUCCUUUCCCUUCAUCUCAGGUUUGAACCCGACAUGGUAGCCUACAGCCAAUGCCAAUACUCUGGACUAACGCCCGCAUCACAAAAAGCCAUUGAAAAUGCUCGUGGAGAUCGAAAGCCAUGGACUGGUGAUCUUGCUCGUGUUUGGAGAACUCGAGGAAAAUGUCCUCUAACACCCAACGAGACUGCCUUCAUACUGAAAUCGCUUGCAAUACCUACUAACACAACAAUCUAUUUGGCAGCAGGAGAUGGUUUGUUGGAGAUUGAAGGGCUCACAUCAGUUUAUACCAAUGUUUAUACUAAAGCUUCCCUUCUUAACAGUGAAGAUUUUGCCCGCAUGCAUGGAAAUUCCAAGGCUGCACUUGAUUACUACGUGUCGAUUAAUAGUGAUGCUUAUGUUGCUACCUAUUUUGGGAAUAUGGAUAAAAUGGUUGCGGCAAUGAGGGCGCUGAAUGAGAUGUACAAGACUUUGUUUUUGAGUAGAAGGGCUUUUGCUGUGUAUACUGAGAAGGGGAUGAGAGGAGAAGAGUUGGCGGAGGCUAUGUGGAAGGAACAUAGGGAAGAUUUUGUGAUGGGGAGGGGUUCAGCUUUGCCUGAUUGCUUCUGUGAGGUUAAGUUGUGAUUGUGGGCUUUGGUGUUUCAUUUUGUAAAACUCUCUGUUUUAUUACUUAGACGUUUCCUUACCAAGAUUUUUCUGCUACAAAUCUUGUAAUUCAUUGAUGUGAAUCUGUUGUUCAGAUUCUUUUCUGCAGAGGUUCCCUUCUCAUAGAUUUUCUGCAAAGGAGCUUGUUUUACUCGUUAUUAACAGUUGGAUCCAGCUUAUGCGUCA